AUGCCUCUGAUCGUGCCUGGCGUGACAGCCAACAACCUUGGCGACGGCGAGACGCAGGAGUGGCUGCAGAAGCUGGCGGGCAAGACGCUAACAGACGGCAGCUCGAGCGAGACGGCCUUUUCGAAGCAGGACCUGCCCAAGCAAGCGCGGAUUGUGCAGCCCGGACAGAUCUUGUCCAAGGACCACGAGCCGAAACGGCUGAAUGUGAUUCUGGCCCAGGAUGGAACGGUAGAGAAUGUGUACCAUGGAUAG